AUGUCACUAGACAAAUCAAUUGACUGCAAAACUAUCACAUUACUUCAACAAACAUUAGGAAAAUUGUGUAUGGACUGGUUUUUUACAUUUCAAGAAAAAAGUGAUGUUGUUUACUCGACGCAUUCAAUGUUUUUAGCAUUCUCUCUGUUGUAUUUGGGUGCUGAGGGAGAGACAAAAAAUGAAUUAUCAAAAGUCUUUGGCUAUUCCUCGAUAGGUGAAGAAGAAAUUUUCACUGUUCUUUCAUUUUUGAUGUCUCAUAAGUACUCGAAAAAUUCGGUUGAAAUAGUCGAUGCAAUUUGGGCGAGUCAACACUUUGAGUUUUUUAAAGAAUAUAUAGAAAAGAUCGAGAAAUUGUCAUGUAGAAUAUCAACAGCUGACUUUGAGAAAGACGUAGAGAAGACACAAAAAGAGAUCAACAAUUACGUCGCAGAAAAGACAAGAAAUUUAAUUCAACAAUUGAUACCCUCUGGAUUUAUUAAUUCGUCAACUGCUGCGAUCUUAAUUAACACAAUUUAUUUCAAAGGGACUUGGUCCGAGAAAUUUGAUGUUCUUCCAAAUAAAAUGAAAUUUGGGAACAGCCAAGAAGUCACCAUGUUGUCCAACAAAGUGUGUUCGGCUGCAGUGUUCAGUAAUGAAUACACUGCUUGUUGUUUGUCAUAUUCAGAUACCAACAACCAAAUUGCAUUUGUUAUGCCAAAUGAUAUCGAAAAGUUCGAAAAGGCACGAGAGGGGGAGAUCUAUGAAAUCAUGAGGUCUUUAUCUCAAAACUUCCCAGAAAAACGGUCUGUCACGUUCCCAAAAUUUUCAGUUGAAAGUAGUGUUAAUAUGGUCCAACAAUUGAGGAAACUUGGUCUGAAUUUACCAUUUUCUUGUGAUGCAAAUUUCUCGAAAAUGGCGAAAGGGAAAAUUUUAUGUGUCUGA